CACAACCUGACACAACUGUCAUGAUUACGAAAUGUCACUUGUCAAUGAUUCAUCGUUCCAAAAAUGAAAAUAUUCCACAAUAAUAACAAAAACAAUGUCUGAACCGAGCGUUAAUGUAAGUAACGGCCCCUCAGACGUAAAUUUUACACAAAAUUCGUGCACGAAUUUUGAGGUUAUAUUUCAGGACACUAGUGACACCGAAAGUUUGGAAGAUGAAAUCGAGCCCAAGUUGAAGUACGUACGUCUCUCCAAUGACCUCCAGAACAUUCUUUUAACAUCGUCUGCCACCUGCAUAGGUGUCCAUCCGAAGUUUGUAUGCAUAGGGUCCCAUUGGGGCGUCAUCCACCUGCUCGACCACCAAGGCAACAGUAUAAAAAGCAAAGAACUGCGCCCCCACACGGUCGGAGUUAACCAAAUUUGCAUAGACGGGAGUGGAGAAUAUAUUGCCACUUGUUCGGAUGAUGGGAAAGUCUUCAUUCAUGGACUAUUUUCAAAAGAAAACAGCCUCCACUUGAACGUAGGACGGUUAGUGAAAACUGUCGCGUUGGAUCCGAUGUAUUACAAAUAUGGAGCAAAUAGACGCUUUAUCACAGGAGAUGACAAAUUAACCCUCUACGAACGUACAUUCCUGGGUAGCUUGAAACCAACAGUUCUCUGUGAAAGCGAGGGAUUAGUGAGGAGUUUAUGUUGGGGGGAGAACUUUAUCGCGUGGAGCAGUAACAUAGGAGUUAGAGUUUAUGAUAUUACAGCAAGAUGCUCUCUUGGUUUAAUUAAAUGGGAGGAACACCCAGGGAUUUCCAUUGACAAGUUCCGAUGUAACUUGCGAUGGGCUGAUAGUCGCACCCUUUUGAUUGGGUGGGUGGAUACCGUAAGAGUUUGUGUGAUACGGAGGCGGAGUAAUUAUGAGUUGGUUAAUAGAGACCUUCCGGAGUAUUUAGUAGAUCCAGUUUCUACGUUCAAAACUGAGUUUUACAUAUGUGGCAUAGCUCCUCUAGAUCACCAAUUAGUCCUACUAGGUUUUCCCAAAGAGUUAGAUGAAAACCAGAAGUCUUUGCGUCCGCAGUUGUACAUAGUUGAAUAUAGAGAUAACGAUUAUUCGGAUGUUUGUACUGAUAGUUUAUCACUUCGAGGAUAUGAAGAGUACACUGUUAAUGAUUACCACUUGGAUGUUUUAAUUGACGAAAAUAGAUUUUUUAUCGUUGCUCCAAGAGAUGUAGUUAUCGCUAGUCCAUAUGAUUUAGAUGAUAGAAUUCAGUGGUUUAUUCAGCACAAUAAAUUCGAAGACGCUCUUGAUAUUUUAAUGCAGAAUGAUAGUCGACAUAUACAUAGGCAUACAGUCCAAUCAGUUGGUAUAGAUUAUCUGGAUCACUUGUUAAGUAGGGAAAUGUACGACUCUGCUGGGAAAUUGUGCAUGAAAAUCUUCGGAAAAGAUUCAAACACUUGGGAAGACCAGAUUUACAAAUUCGCAACAGUUCAUCAAUUAAGGUCUGUGAGUCCGUACAUUCCUCGUACUUUAGAAUCUAAACUGAAUCCGCACAUUUAUGAAAUGAUUUUGUAUGAAUUUCUCAAGUUGGACGCUAAGGGUUUCCUCAGCCUGGUCAAAGAAUGGAAUCCGAAGCUCUACAACGUUUCAGCUGUGAUAAACGCCGUUUUGGAGCACUUGCUCGUCUGCGAAAUCGACAAAAACCUUUACCUGGAAGCAUUAGCAAUCCUUUACAGUUUCCUUCAACGUUAUGACAAAAGCUUAUCUAUGUACCUCAAAUUAAAACACAAAGAUGUGUUCACACUAAUCCAAAAACACAAUUUAUAUGGUGUAAUCCAGGAUAUGCUCAUCGACCUCAUGGAACUAGACCACAAGCAAACCAUUGCUCUGCUUUUGGAUAAAAACACCAUCUCCACUGAUAAAAUAGUAGAGAAGCUGCGCCCAACGGAACUACAUUUAUACAGGUUUUUAGACGAAUACGACAAGAAGAACCCAAAGGGGAAGUACCACAGGGAGUUGGUGAAGCUGUACGCGAUUUUCGCGCGGGAAAAACUGCUUCCGUUUUUGAAAAAAAGUGAUCAUUAUCCCAUACAAGAAGCCCUAGAUAUUUGCAAAAAAGAGAAAUUUUAUCCGGAGAUGGUCUAUUUGUUGGGUAGAAUGGGCAACAUUGAGGAGGCUUUACACCUAAUUAUUAAUGAACUGAAAGAUAUGCAGCAGGCGAUUUCGUUUUGUCAGGAACACGAUGAUCCUGAUUUAUGGAAUAAUUUAAUCAAUCAUUCGUUAGACAAACCUGAGUUCGUCAAUUUCCUUUUACAAAGUAUCGGAACUUACGUUGACCCAACCGUUUUAGUACAAAAAAUCAAAAAUGGCAUGCAAGUGCCAGGGCUAAAACACUCUUUAGUUAAAAUGUUGUAUCAGUAUAAUCUUCAGGUAUCUGUCCAAGAAGGCUGUCAAAAAAUCCUAGUCUCCGAUUAUUUCAAUCUGUUGCGAAAACUUGUCCGAACUCAACAGAAAGGUCUGUCCGUUUCGGAGGAAAUGGUUUGUGGGGCUUGCCAUCGUAUGGUCAUUGAGAAAGACCCAUCGCGUACUACCAAUAUAACAGUUUUCAAUUGUAAACAUGCCUUCCAUGAACACUGUAUGCCGAAAAUUAUAAGCAGAUGUGGAAUUUGUUACCCAUUAGACACCAAAUAAAGAAAGUCUGCAAGUCUCUGUCCACCCACGCCGUAAUCCUCGAGCCCCCAUUGUGCCCCAUAUAAUCAAGUUGUGACGACAAAUGAACAAGAAAUUUAGGAAACAAGAAAUCUCCUCUAGUCUUUUUGUUUUGGUACUUGAGAGGGCCUCCACUUGCUCGCUGAAUGUCAAGACACAACCCACCAACAGGAACGGGCUGCGGUUGACUCGCAUCAAAAGUACUUACCAACAGAUUUUCACUGAACAUAAUAUUCUUGAAGAUUUCGUCAUCUGUAAAGGGCGCUUGUUACGAUCAAUUAUUUUUCUAAAUUUUGUAAAUAUUGCUAUUUAAGUAAAUCGUGAUAUUCUCUGUUUUCAUACGUAUAACCAAUCAAUAAACUUACUAAUAUCGAAA